AUGCGAAUCGACUUUCAAACAAUUGAAGCCGAAUAUGAGGCCCUGAUCGCCGGGCUCAGGCUCGCGAUAGGUAUAGGAGCCCGAAAGCUCCACGCUUAUAGCGAUUCGCAACUUGUGACAAGCCAAUACCAUGGCGAGAUUCCCCGAGGAGAAAAUUCCGCAGCCGACGCUUUAGCAGCCUUAGCUUCCACCUCCGAACCAUUACUCAAAAGAAUAAUACCCGUCGAGGGAAUACAUAACCCGAGUAUCGACAUCGCCAUAAAAUCGGCUGAACCUAAAGAGAUUGCCACAAUAACGAACGAAGCAAGCACGAGCAGGCAAACUCCCGAAAUUGGCGGAAGCUCGAGCUCGUAUAGUCAAACCGACGAAAGUCAAGAUUUAGCCGAACAACUCGGACCUCCGAUCGAGCUCCAAUUUCCCAAGACAGCAGAUCUCGAAGGAACCGCUCGAGAGAGACGCUUCGUCACAGACGAACAAUAUCAUGCUCGACCGGAUUGGAGAAUUCCAAUAUUCGAAUACAUACAGAACGGGACCCAACCCUCUGACAAGUGGGAGGCCCGAAAACUAAGAGCAAAAUGCUCACGAUACUGUAUAAUGACCGGUAUAUUAUACAAACGAAGUCUAGUCGAACCAUAUCUUAGAUGCGUCAACGGGCUGGAAGCCCUGGCAAUUCUAGCAAAUACUCAGGACGGAAUAUGUGGAUCCCACUCCAGUGGACGAGCUCUGGCUAAUAGUCUCAAACGCCACGGAUACUUUUGGCCUACAAUGUUAGCUGAUUGUGACAACUACGCCGCAAAGUGCGACAAAUGUCAAAAGCAUGCACCAAUUAUACAUCAACCUGCAGAGCUGCUGUCCUCAGUCUCUUCUCUGUACCCUUUCAUGAGAUGGGCUAUGGAUAUACUGGGACCAAUGAUUCCCUCCGGAAGAAAGCAGCAUCAAUACUUGCUCGUACUAACCUAUUACUUCAUAAAGUGGGUAGAAGCCAAAGCUUACCCAAAAGUGGAAGCAACCGACGUAACAAACUUCGUCUGGACAGAAAUCCUUUGCGGACACGGGAUCCCGUAUGAGAUCGUAACCAAUCCCAAUUCAUAUCUAGAGCCUUCAAACGAUUCUGCAAAAAGUACAAAAUAA